UUUACUUAAAUAAUGACUAAUUCAUAAUGAUCAAAAGUCAAUAAUAAUCCACCAUAAAUUCAUUUCCCAACCCACACCCCCAAAAAAACAUAGAAACAGAAUCAUCAAAAAAAAAAUCAAAGGAUGUCUGGAGGAAUCAUCAAGGUUGGGCACAUUGAUGAUGUCCAAGAACUGAGUGCAACUAACCCCUCUCAAAUCCCAGAAAGAUUCAUCAGGGACAUUUCAGAAAGGCCUUCUUCUUCUUCUUCUUCUUCAAGUGAUGACCUUAAAAUCCCAGUCAUAGAUCUGUCAAAAGUGGCCAUGGAAGGCAAGAGGAGCUCCCCAGACUUCCAUUCUGAGAUGCAGAAGCUCACUGCUGCCUGUGAAGACUGGGGAUUUUUCCAGGCGGUGAACCAUGGGGUGGAGGAGGGGCUGGUGGAGAGGAUGGAGAAGGCGGCCAUGGAGUUUUUCAGGCUGCCUGUGGAGGAGAAACAGAAAUACCCAAUGGUCCCUGGGACAGUGCAGGGGUAUGGGCAGGCAUUUGUGUUCUCCGAGGACCAAAAACUGGAUUGGUGUAACAUGUUUGCUCUUGGGAUUUUGCCACAUUCCAUUAGGUGCCCUCAUCUCUGGCCCUCCAUACCUCCCACAUUCAGUGAGACAUUGGAGGCAUACUCGAAAGAAGUGAGGGAACUGUGCAAGCAAGUGCUGAAAUGCAUAGCCACGAGUUUGGGAGAGAGGGAGGAUGUGUUCGGAGAGAUGUUCGGCGCCGCCGUACAGGCGGUGAGGAUGAACUACUACCCGCCGUGUCCGUCGCCGGAGUUGGCCGUGGGGCUCAGCCCCCACUCGGAUGGGAGCGCGCUCACGGUGCUGCAGCAGGGCCUGUUUGGCAACCCCGUCGGACUUGAGAUUCUUAAAGGCAGUUAUUGGGUCCCUGUUCGACCCCUUCCAAACGCUCUUGUCAUUAACAUUGGCGACACCAUCGAGGGAGUGUAUAUUUAUGAAUCCAUAAUCCAAAUUGGAUGGUGCAGGUUCUAACAAAUGGAAGAUACAAAAGUGUGGAACAUAGGGCAGUGACCCACAAAGAAAAGGACAGGCUCUCAAUAGUCACCUUUUAUGCCCCAUCCUACGAAAUAGAGUUGGGCCCAUUGCCGGGCCUUGUGGAUCAAACCCACAACCCGCCCAAAUACAAACGAUAUAACCACGGAGAUUACAGCAGGCAUUACGUCACCAAUAAGCUUCAAGAUACCUUGUGGUCCAGCGAAAUCAUUCUGACUCUCCCAAAUAAAAGAUCACAUGUUCGAACACAGUUAACAAUAGUAAUUCUCCAAGCUCCUAUAGGUUGCGAAAAAAUAUAAAUAAAUACUAUGUUGUAAU